AUGUACCUAUCAAAAUAAUAAACAAAGCAAAUAAAAGAAGAAAGAAAAUUACCUAUCAAAGUAUCUAUUAGAAUUCGUCCAUUAUUAAAGAAAGAGUAAGGUUAGGAGACAAUUAUCAAAACUGAAAAUGUAAUAUUUAACAAUUUUAUAUUAUUAUUUAGAAAAAGUUUGUUGUAAUUGAAUAGUCAACUUAAAUAUUUAAGUAAGAGUUUGAUAGAGUUUUUGAUGAUACAUCCUUAUAAGUAGAGAUUUAUAAUAAUUUGAAUGAUUGUAUUAAGUAAGCAUUUAAUGGAUUUAAUGGAACUAUUUUAGCAUAUGGUUAAACUGGAAGUGGUAAGUUAUUUGAUUAAAUAAAGGGAAAACUUAUACAAUGUUUGGAAGUGAUUGGGAAUCAUAAAUGAGUUUUGGAUUAAGUCAUUAAGCAACUUACUGUGAUGAUUUAAAAAAUGACAUUUCAUUUGCUGGGAUUAUUCCUAGAGUUAUCUUUGGAAUAUUCAAUAAUAUACCACCUAAUUUUUAUAUUUAUUGUUCAUUUUUGUAAAUCUAUAAUGAAAAGAUAUAUGAUUUAUUAUAAGAUCAUAAAAUACCUGUACCUUUGAAUUUACAUGAAAGUAAAUUGGAUGGAAUAUAUGUGGGUAAGCAUAAAUUUUAGUAUAUAGAUUUAUUAAUUUUUAGAGAAUUUAACAGAAUACGCUGUCAAUAAUUAUCAUGAUUGUAUAACUUUGAUGAAAAGAGGGGAGAGAAAUAGAAUAAUUAGAUAAACUACAAUGAAUUUAAAAUCUAGUCGUAGUCAUACAAUAUUUCAAUUGAUUAUUGAGACAAAUAAGGUUGAUAAAAAUGGAGUUCUAUUUAAAUCAAAAUUAAAUCUUUGUGAUUUAGCUGGAUCUGAAAAAAUAAAUAAAUUAGAAGCUCUUACUAAUGCUCAUUUAAUAGAAUUAAAGAAUAUCAAUUAAUCAUUAACAACAUUAGGUAAAGUAAUAUAAAAUUUAUCAUAAAAUAAUAAAAAUAAAUAGAAAUUACCUAUUCCAUAUAGAGAAUCAAAAUUAACAAGAUUAUUGUAAGAUAGUUUAGGUGGAAAUACAAUGACUCAUAUUAUUGUUAAUAUUGCACCAAAUAUAUAUAAUAUUGAUGAAACUGUUAGUAGUCUAAAAUUUGCAUAAAGAGCUAAAAAUGUAACUAUUUAAGUUUAACCAAAUAAAUAUAAUGCUAAUGAUUAAGUUUUAGUUAAUAAAUUAGUAAAGGAGGUAAUUUUAAUAUUGAUAUAAUUUAGAUUGAUUAUUUGAAAUCAUUAUUAAAUAUGAAAAGAAGUGGUUUAAAUUAAAAUGAUUUACAUUUUAAAUUAAUGAAAAUGCAAGAAGAAAAUGAAAGAUUAAGAGAAAUUUAAUUAAGUAAUGAUGAAGUAGAAAAAAUUAUUUAAGAAAAUAGAAAAAUGAAAGAAGAAUUAUAAAAAUUAUAAUAAUAAUCUUCUUUUGGUGAUCCUUCAGAAUCAAAUUCUAUUGUUAAGAAAAUGCAUAGUGAUGAAGGUUUUGUGUCUGAUGCUACAACAGAAAGAAGACCAUUAGCUUAUAAUGGAAUGUUUAUUAUAAGCAAUCCUUAAAAUUAAUAAAAAACAGAAGUUUAAGUUAGAUUUAAAGAUGGAAGAAAUAGAUUAUAAAUGAAAAAAGGUUAUGUUGAAAUAAGUGAACAAUAAGAAUAAAGAUAGAAACGAUUUCUAAGUGAAAAAAGAAGAGUAAUGGAAAGAUUAUAAUAUCUUGAAUAAUUGUAAGUAAAAAAUGAAAUGACUUAUUCAUUAUUAUCUUCACCUAGUCAUUUCAAUAGUUUUUAAUAAAAUGAAGAAAAGAAAUCAGCAAAAUAUAGAUUACUAGAAAAAUAAUUGAUUUAAAAGCAAUGA